ACCUGUGUCAUUUUUAGCAGAGCGUGGAAACGCAAACCACGUGGGUAAAUUGUGAUGCUGCAGGCUUUAAAAGAAAAAGCAGCAAUUUUGUUACCGAUUUCUUUAAUUUCUGUAAGAUGAUUUUUAUUCUACGAGGAUUAUUUUGAGACAUGUAGUUUGUUUGUGUGUGGUGAAACCUAGUGUUGAACAUUAUUAAUUUGUCUACAGCUGGUGAGAUGAACGUAAAGGAAUGACAAAGAACAGCCCGCUGUAUCCACAGUGCGUCAAACUGUUCUGCAGUUCCUUUUUAAUUGAUGAUGACAAUGCAAAAUUGGACGUCACCUCCCGACACAGGGAAAAUCCUGCGUCAGUGGAAUGAUGAAAUCUCACGUUCUUUCACGCUCAGCACGGUGGUCCAUUCAGUGUUGUUUUCAGUGGGGACUUUUGGAAACCUAUUCAUAAUUUUUAUAUAUAACUUCAAGAUGAAGGGCUACAAGGACGACCGUUACUUCAUUCCUAUCUUGGCCGUAGUCGACAUGUUGGCAUGUAUUUUAUCCACGUGGUUUGCCCUCAAUGUUAACAUAUUCCCCGUCGUAUUUCCGGAUGACGCGCUCUGCAAAUGUCUGCUGUAUGGGAACUACGUGACCACCCAAAGCUCAAUAUUUCUGUUGGUAGUAAUCUCCAUACAACGUUUUUUGAAAAUAUGUCGUCCAUUCCAAAAACAAAUGACCCUGUACUGGAAGAGAGUCUCCUUAGUAGUCAUUGUAAUAGUGACCACAGUCAUUCUAAUUCCGGAACUAAUAUUUUACGGAAAGGUACCGGUAAAGAGUGAAAAAUACAAUGUGACUGGGUAUAUUUGCGGUCCAAUACGACAACCGGAAAGCAUGGCUGCAGGACUGAUCAGUUUUACGGCAGCCGCUUUGUCAAUAUCGGUAAUAAGUAUUGCUGUGAUUGUGAUAAUGUACCUUUAUAUACUAAAACAUCUCCUACGACAGACCAGAGUCCGGAAGUUGAAUCACUGUACCAGCUUCUCGCGGUCUGAUGCAUCGGAUGUACCGGUUCCCGAGGAAGACAAAGAGUGCGAGUCCCCUCCACCCAAACGGCAAGAAAUAAAUGGCAACCGCGAGAAAGAGAGUGAAGUGAAAGUCGCAAAUGAUACACUUCAAGUAACAAACGAAGCACCCAAAUUAAAACGUUCCUCGGGAUCAAAAAUCAAAUUGUCUACCCGGCGUUUAACAUUCAUGUUUAUGACUAUUUCUUUGACUAAUGUUGUGUCCAAUAUUCCGACAAUAAUUUACGUCAUUCUUUGUGUAAAUGACCCGGAAGCAUGGUUUCGUAACCCCUACGGUUUCCUUCAGCAGCUGUACCAGUUCAUGCGAGCUAUGCGAGUUGUGAACCAUGCUCUGAACCCGUUUGUGUACGGACUAUUUGACGGGCGAUUCCGUGACGAAAUCCGGAAGCUUUGCUGUAAGAGUAUAAGUAAAAUUGACCUUUAAAAUCAUGUGAAGAGGAUUGUGUGUUACAUCUGAUACACUCUAUUCAAUUCAUCCGCGGAACACUUGUGUCUGGAUCCAAUCCUUGAUUCCGUGGAUAGCAAACAAUACUCAAGUGAUAUGUAUAUAAAUAUUACAGUAUAAACCUUUAUACCGAA